AUGUAUGUGGUAGUGGCGCGCUUUGACGGCAACAUCAUGGUCCUUCCCGUUGGGUGGACGGAAGCCGUGGAGGUUUGGCGAGGUUUGGAACCGACGGGGUAUGCAGCAGCAGUGGCAUCGAGUUACGCCAGUGGUGGAGGCACUUUUUACGCUCCCAUGAAUGCUAGCGCUGACGCCACUGCAAGUGUGCAAGCGCCACCUCCUGCUCUCAUGACCCGUGAAGUCGUCUAG